AUGGCUCCUCUCGACAGUCGGAGCACACACGUUCAGGCUCCCCAUACUCUGGACAAUCUCCCACUCGAGCUCUUCUGGCAGAUCACCGAGUUUCUGGACGACGAAUCUCUUGGUGCUUUACGGUGCGUGUCCAAGGCACUCGGAGCCAAAACCCAGACAUUCUGGCUAUGCAGCCGCGUGCACCCGCUCUCCAUCCAUAUCGACCCGGAAGAUCCAGGACGCGUGCGCAUCCGGCCCGAGAAACCAUACGCCGCGCGUCGCGCCCUGCCCAAGCAGUACCGGGCACUGCAAUGCGCGCGGCAGCUGAUCCUCGAAACCUACGAGCGCAGCCGGCAGAUCCAAAGUGCCUCCGAGGCCAGUAUGGUCACGCUGUGCCGGCUCCUGAGUGACGCUGCGGCCCUGCAACCGCUCACGCUUCAGGCUUUGACCCUCUGCGCGCGGGAUCCCCGCGAGCAGUGGCUGGGCUACCUUGACUGUCACCGGACCGUUCGUACCAAUCCAUUCUACACCGCGGGGCUCCGCGCCAAGUUCUCCACCCACUGGAGCCAGCUCACGCAGCUGAUCGUUCACAUGCCCGGCUCGUCGGCCGCCGAGGGGACGCUGAAUGCCCUGGUGGGGUGGUGCAUCCUGCCGCAUGCGCCGCGGCUCGAGGACUUCCGGUUCUUCUGCGAGCCCCGCCACCGCGACCGCACACCGCACGGGAGCAUGGUCGCCAAACUGGCGGCGUUGAACCCCCGGCCAAGGCUGAAGCGGCUGGAGAUCAAUUUUCGCUUCUUCGGGUAUUACGACCACCACGUCAUGGACGUGCUGAAGGCCUACGGGCGCACGCUGGAGACGGUCACCGUCAUGAACCCGGCGCAGAACAUCCCUCGGCCCAACUGCAUCCUCGAUCAGCUCAAGGCCGCCUGUCCUGUCCUGGCGCAGCAGCUGGUGUGUGUUGUCGGGGGCGAAGAGGUGUGGAGCGCACUGUCUGGCCCCGCGGAGCUGUAUGAGGAGCGGCCGCGGGGCGACGAUGGCUGGCUCGAAUGGGUCCGCGUGGAUGGCUCGGCCGAGUGGCAAGACGAAAUCACGGACGUCAUUCCGCUUUGA